GUUCAACUCUUCUCCUGAAUGACUAGCUUUCCGCGUAGCACUUGAUCGUUACUUUAAGUACUAGAAGUUCUCUACAUCUAACAAAUCUUUGCAGGUGAUAAAUAAUCCCAAACAAGUGGUAGAAAGCUACGCAAACAUAAAUUCGGAUUUGUAUCUUGCGGCGCUUUUGGAGUUUGUGGGGUGUAAAGGCAGGUUACGGUGCAGUUCAUUCAUUCAGUGGUGAUUGGUGAAGCAUUCUUUCUUACCAAUGAGGUUUUGUUGUUGGACGUCUUUGGCUGUCGUUUUGGCGGUAUUUCUUGGAUUUUAUGAGGUAAGUUUGCAUUUUUGUGAGAGUGAUUUUGCUAAAUUAGCUCUCUUCUUUCUCAUCAACUGUCCUUGAAUUUGCAUUAAUGGUCCUCGAGUUAAGGAAUUUGCUGGAGAGCUAGUUUCAUAUGGCUUAAAAACCUGCAUCACUCGAAAUUCUCAGCCGAUAGCUCCUCGAUUUCAUCUUCGUCGGUUUUAUUUGCGUUUCCUGUAUAAUUCUCAUAAAAUUUUUCCUCGAAGGCGUAUACUAUUGUCGUUGUUAGUUGUUAGAGGCAAGUUAUGUCGAAACAAUUUUCUUUCAAUUACGCAAAUAAUAAUGCAGCCUUAUAGUCAUUAAGCAUUUGUAUGACCUUUGAUACAGAUAAAACAAUGUAAUAACCUCGAAUACUCUCGAUAUUUUGUACCUAAAAUCUGUUAUAUUGCAUUUGUUCUUCGGAUGCGUCAGCAAAUUUCCACUAACAUGUUUUGUUUGUAGUCAAUUCUGAAUCGACGUGAGUAUGUGAUCGAUAAAAUUGUUUGCUUCGAAUACGCAUUUUCAAGUGACUUUUACGUAAGUCGAAGUGCUGUCAAAGUUGCAACAUUGUGAAAGUAAACAGAAGACGUUGUUUCACUCGAAAGUGUAAUAUAAGAUUUGGACAAUAAAGCAACUUGUCAUUAAAAGAUCGGGGCUGUGAUUGAUACACGCGUCUGAGCAGUUAAAGGUCAUCUCGAAGGAAAUGCGUUUUUUUUUGUAUGACGCAAACCCCUCAUACUAAGGAUAAAGCACUUGUUUGGAAUAUCGUAUUUGUUUUUUAUUUUUGGGGGGCAAAAGAUUGCAGAUAAAAAGUGGAAAAGGUGACUUUUUUUCAUCGGAAGUUAAAUAUUUAUCUGAAUGGUUGCAUAGCCAAACCAUUUAAAUGCCAUGUAGAACUAAAAGGCUGUGAGGGAAGUUAAUUGUUAUUUUUAUGGUUGUAAGAAAUUUCCUGUUUCUCUAAGGUUCACAGUGUGCACUAUUUUUCAAUAGGACCUUGUGUCUAAGGACAGUUUCCGAUUACAAAGUGUCCAGUUACAAAUGUGCAUGCCAUGUUUAGUGCUCACAGUCUGAAGCAGCCAACCUUAAAUUGACCCAAUGUGCUUUAGUCUUUUAAGUCUGUUAUGUGACUGCUGAAGGUAGCUAAUCCUAUGGAGGCGACGAGAAGAGUAAUAUUUACGAUGAUACUGAUCCUAAUGAUUUUUCUCAGCAAGUCUCCUUUGGACUAUUGAUGUUAUUCCUCAUGUAAACCAUUUCAGAAGUUUGCUACGCAAACAAUAGUUUUAUGAUGUCAACGUUUGUGAUGUUUAUAAUCAGUCAGCAGUAGAACAUUUUAAAUCAAGCGUAGUCCAUUAUGGUCUUUGUAAUUGAAUUGCAAGAAGUUGGAUUACUCUCCUGCAUCAAAGAAAUCUAAAUAUUGGAACCACCAGUAUAUCACCUAGUAUAUGAACUAGUUGUGAAAACAACAAAUUGUGAUCUUUUAUAAUUUAUUUUGAUUGCAUGUUAUUCCCUCAUUUCAAACUAGUUUGUGGUUAAUGUAGAUCAGUGAAACGGAAAUACUUAUAAAUUAUUUACCGCACCACCACACCACUGCAAAGUGGUUUGUGUAUGUUCUAGGAAAGUUAGAUCAUGUAAUAUUAUGUGACAUAGAGCAAUCUAUCAGACGAUCAAUUUAGGUUAAUUUUCUGAUGUGUUUACAAUGGGCUUUUUUCAAGUACCAUAAUUGAUGGCUUUUUUUUAGGGUAAGGUAUAUUUAGUGGAUACUGAUCUCAAGAUCAGUGUGAUAAAAUCAUAGAAAAGUAAAAGGUGCAGUAUAUCAGGUUUAUGACUUCUGACUGUUAAUGGUAUACUCUACCACUGCCUUGACAAAGAUUUUUUUUUUGUAGCUUAACCCUUUACAUCCUAAAAUCAGUAUAGAUAUUCUCAAUACUGUUCUCUAUUUAUUUUCUAAGGUGCUGACAAGGAGAAUUUAUGUAACAAUCAUGAACCACACCAUAAUUAAAUGGAAAAAAGUACUAAUAGAUGAUUUUUAAUCAAGUAUGAAUUUUAAACACACUUUGUACCAAGGUAGACUUUUCAGCUUGUUGUUUUGGGUGUGUUCUAAUCAGUUGUUUUGUCUCAUUUUUAUUGCAGAAUGUUUGUGCAAAGGGAACUUUAUCUAUUCAGUUGCUAGAUUACAAUAAUCCCCGUUCAAAAGAUUACAAUGGAGAUUGCUGUGACUGUUGCAGUUUUUUCGGGUCGUGCCCAAAUGAUUGUGAAAACUUUUUUAAGCUGACUGUUACCAAAUAUCCGUACACAGUCUUCACUGCUCUCUCACCGUGGGUUCGAUGGGAGACUUACAUCAUGGGAGAUGACAGUUUUUCUUUUCCUGGAUUUGGUGACACUGUUGGUAAUGGUCUUACAAACCCCUUGAUAUAUCAUUUCAAUCAAAGAUGGCCGGUAAGGCUUGUAUGCUUUCUUUUCAUCAGAGAUUAUUAUGAAUUGCAGUUAUUGUGGAAUCUUGCUAACACAAACUGUGAACGUCAAAAAAUAUAGAGUAAGUGUCGCAUUAUGGCAAGUUUAAGUAAGCUGAUGGUGAUACUUUUUGAAAAAUGAAACAUCUGAAAAGUGAUUGAUUCUAUCGUGGUAGAGACUGGCUUCACGGUUAAGUAAGUAAGGAGUUCCACAAGGCAAAUGAGUUAAAUAAGGCUUUAUCAUGAUGAUUACCAUAUGAUAAAUGUCAGUGUCAUUACUCAAGUAGACAUCAUCUAACCUAAGAAUGGCUACAAAGGACUUGCAUUUAUGUAGUGUAAAAAGUAACUCAUUGCUAAUUAAAAUAUGUUUUGGAAAGUUGAGAGGAAGGUAGUGAAUUUUUAACUUUAAGUUGGUUAUGUAGCAAGGUGUGACAAAAUGUGACAAGCAAUUUUAGAUAACAUUUGAUUAUGUAAUUAUAAUUGGAAAUGUGAUCUUUGUGUGAUCCAUUGUUGUUAAAGUAAGUGUGAAAACAUUCUAUUGCGUGUCGCAUGGGAUGUCAGAUAUAAUUCGUGCUUUCCGCAGGAACGCCUAGUUCCGCAGGAUUUGUGUGAGUAUUCAACAGUAUCUGUGGAAUUGUGGUUAUGUCGUGAUGAAGUUGUUUAUCCCAACAGAAACUCCAUUUAUCCUUUGUAAUAUAAAUCAAGAAUUAGUUAGCAACCAUUAUGUAUCUAAGAAAAUUGAUUUAAGGAAUAAAGUAGAUUCAGUUGAUUGUACAGUAGUUGCGUGUGCCUCUCUUGGAGAGUGUGCCCCAAUGAGCCAAAGGUUGACCCAAGCUUCACAACAGUGCAACUCUAACUGACAACUCAACUGUGGUUUUACUACAGUUAGUUUGAACUCUUAAAAUAAUGAUUGCUUUGCAUGUUUAUAUCUUCAGGGUGCAUUUUCUAUUGCUCUGGAUGUGUGGGACUCAGAUUCUGGCAAUUUUCUUGGUAUUGGAUCUGCAGAUGAUCUUAUUGAUGUUAUUCAAUCUGACAUUUCUACUGCACCAGCGCAGAAAGAUUUACAAAGUUCUGUAGCUAAAACAAUUACGGUAAGAAGAAAUGUUUCCAUUUUGAUCUAUUAAUUCUUUCACUCUCAGCUGUGACUGAAAAAGGAAUUUCUCCUUACAAUGCAUGUGAAACCAUAAACGUCCAUGUAUAAGCCACAUCCGUAGAUAAGCCACACCCCUGAUUACCAACCUGAGAAGCUCUUGAUAGAUGAACAAAUUCUCCUUGUCAGCACUGUAGGAGAUGUAUAGAGAACAGUAUAGAGAAUGUUGAUACCUAUGUAAGGGUGCAAAGGGUAAAAAACACAUUCUCAGAGCUGAAAUUAUAAAAAGUGUAUUUUAUAUGGUGUAGAGAAUUGGAUAUGCGCAUCUCGAGAGUGAAAGGGUUAAGAAAUUUGCAGAAGCAGUAAAAUAGUGUUAAGUACUGGUAACAGAAGAAUAUUAUCCAUGUCUGAAUAAUAAUUUGUUUGGUUUCAUUAAUUGAAUUGAUAACGUGACCACUCUAUCAAGUUUCAAAGCUAAUGUUUUGAGUUUUAGCCUUUCAUCAGAGUGGAUAGUUUUCGUUUUUCACAUUAUUAACUAAAUUGAUUAAAUCAAAUUAUCUCGUAAUACCUUCCACCAGUGCAGCACUACUGUUUCCCUAGAAACUUACCCUCUUUAUGGAUAAAAGAUAACUCAGGUCAUGUAAAUUUCUGCAAAGGGAUUUCUGCUCAGCAGCCAGAGAAUUAUCUUAUCUUCAGUGCCUAGAGGAAUCCUUGAAGAAGCAAGUACAAAAAAAUAGAAGUUUUGGAAAUGAAAAAAGUUAAACUGCAGUGAUAGUUGCCUGCAGUAUUUUUUAGGGGGUACUGACUUGAAAGACCUAUUUGAUAUGCAAUGGUUUUCUUUUCAAAGAAGUCAUUUCUGAUUUGGGACAAGUUCUGAUUAUUUCCCUAUUUAAAAUUGUCAAUGGUGCUGACGUUUCAGGGGUGUGUUGUUCAAAUUGAAGGCUUGUGGCAAAUCAGCAGUUUUUUGUUUGGUGAUGAAUUCUUGAUUUCUUCAUUUGUGUAAUGUUCUGAUCAUCAGCUGACAGGCAAGAGGUCAAGCACAAGAAUUUUGGUCCGCAUUUACUGUGAUGCUAAUUAUUAUGGAACAGACUGUAAUACAUAUUGUGUUGGGCGGGAUGAUAGCAGCGGCCACUACAAGUGUGAUGGCCAAACUGGUAACAAGGUCUGCUUAUCAGGCUGGAGAGGAAGUAACUGUCUGAUACGUAAGUAGGGACUUAACAUUUGGAGCCCUAAGUCAGAGUGACUGGCAUCUAAUUUCUCCAUACGAUAUCACUCCUGAGUCACACAGUAAGGUUGCAAGAAUAAAGGAAAUGAUCCUUAACAAGAGAAGCUCUUGAUUGUUAGACAAAUUCUCCUUCUCAGCACCUUAGGAAAUGUAUAGAGAACAGUAUGGAGAAUAUGCAUACUGAUCUUAAGGUGUAAAGGGUUAAGGAAAACCAAGACGGUGAUAUCAACAAGAACAUAGCAAAACAGAAGAUUUCAUGGGCAGAACAGCUCAGCAUGUGUGCUCAGCAUUGAAAUCCUUUAAGCAAGAGUUGUUUCUGUACUAAUUAAGGAUGAAAGCUACUUGCCAAAAUGUGGUUACUAAUUUUGAGAACCAAGAGAAACCUGAAAUAUCACCAGUAACACCCCCAAGGAAUAUAGUACUGGAAGCCUUUUCUUUUUGACCAAGUUUAUUUUUUCCUGUAAAUGGUGCUUGAUACUUUUAUUCAAGUUAGAAUCAGUUUUAACUCUCUGAUCUUCUCCUCAGCGAUAUGUUCCCAUGGGUGUGACCCAAAUCAUGGUUCUUGUACAAAACCCAAUACUUGCAAGUAAGUAAUUAAGUGAGACCUUAGUCAUCACACCUUCAUAGCUGUGUCUUCAGGGCAGAAUUUGUAUCUUCUGUGAUGUUUUAAUUUUGUAUCUCCUCUUUUGAAAUAUUAUUUAUGCAAUGAAUUUCAACUGUUGCAUUAAAAGUCAGAGACUCUCACAACCCAUGCAAAAGGUAAAAUUGAAAGAACUGAUUUCUAUGAAAAGAAAUGUAGCACAGAACAAAUGUUUUUCUUAGUUAUAGCAGUAUGACUACAUUUGGCUUGGCGAAAAAGAUGACCAAACUAGCCUUUUUGUGAUAAAAGAGCCAAGAUUGUUUUUAUACAAUAGGUCUUGGUAACCAAUAUGGUUGCAUUUUUGAAGGAGGAUGGACACCUCAAUAAGACCUUUGGACAGAAAGUGUAUCUUGGCAUAUUUUUUGUACCAUUUUUGUAUGAUUUUUUUAAAGUUAACCAUGUAUAAUUCUUUUCUGUUCUAUUUGUAAUGAGUUAGUGAAUUGUCAGUGAAGAUAGAAUGAUAUCAAAAAAUUGUAAUAUUACUGUACUAAGGUUAUACUGUUGUUUCUCUCCAUUUUAGCUGUGAAGAUGGUUGGCAGGGUGCUCGUUGUGCAACAUGUGUAAAGAAACCAGGAUGUACUGGUUAGUGAAGGAACAUAAUCUGCCAUUUAUGAAAAUGCGUAUUAAUGAUGUAAUGAUGCAUUCCUCACUUGUCUGACACUAUUAUUGACACUGUGACCCUGAUGGAUGUCAUGAUAAUGUCAAUGAAUACAACAUAAUGGCAUUAAUCACAGCAAAAUGAUGUGACAUGGAACCUAGUGAUCAGUUUUUAUUCCCUGAGCAAUAUGCCAUAUUAUUCAUUAUCACCUAUUGUGCAGUCGCAUCAUAGCAUUUUGUUAUGAUCAUUCUUAUCACUAAUAUUAAAUUCUUGACACCAUGAUGGGGAUAAUGGAAAUGAUGAUGGCAAUUAAAGAUAUGCAGGGUGCAUGUCGGGUGCUUGCUUGCUUUUUUAAUAUUCAAGGAUUACAAGCCCUACACAUAUCUUGUGGCAUUGUUCAUUAUCUGCACCAAGCUUUGUUUUGAGCAUUUAGGCUGCUUAGAAAAGGAUUACUUUUCAUCUUAACUUGUGUGUGGAUUUUCAAGAAACAGUUUUUAAUUAUUGCUGAUUAUCUUUGUCACCAAAUAAAUGUGAUGGCCUUCUUGGGUUCAAAAACUUCUUGACCCUUAUAACUCUAGAUCUAAACAAUGACUAUCUCCUACAAUGUUUUAUAAAAGGUACUGGUUGAAAUAAGAUGGAGAGCUAUUAUAGUACUGUUACUGUAUAUUUUGUGAAAGUUUUGGAUUCAGUGAGAUAAUGUAAACUACACAUUUUUAAAAGUGUGAAGGGGAAACCACCCCCCUGUUGUUUCCUUUGCUUCUGGGUUGUGUCUGACCCUUCAAUUUACCUUCACUGUUUAUUGGUUGACAGCUAAUGGCUUCUGUGUAAAUGGGAAUGACUGUGUUUGUAGUCCAGAUUGGACAGGGCCUGACUGUGGACAAGGUAUGAUUGAUGAAACUUGGGUUUAUUUUUUUUUUGAAGAGUUUGUGUGACUAAAUGUGCCUUUUUAUUAUUUUAGUUAGAAAGAGCCUCAUUUGACUUUUUCUUUAAGCACAAAAACAUCCUAUAAAUACUUCUUGUCUUUCCAAUUUCCCGUGAUUUACAGUUAGUAAGUUGCAUGAAACUCAAUGAUAAACUGAUCCUGUGACUUCUGUGAUGUGUUUGUGUGUUUUUAUAAUUUAUAUGAUAUUUUAAAAUAUGGCUGACAACCAUGGAAAAAUUAAAAUUUUUAUUAUAACUGUUUAUGCUUUGAAGACAUUUCUUUUGUACAUUUCAGGAUAUCAAAAUAUAUCUCCUAUCCCAAAAAUCAUGUGUCUUUUGUAUUGUGCAUCAUGAUACAGUUACAUGUCUUUUUACAUGUCAGACCUUAACCGUUGCCGAGAUACAAGCUUAUGUAAAAAUGGUGGUACUUGUAUCAACACUGACCCUGAUAAGUUCCGGUGUGAUUGCCAACCUGGCUUUACUGGUGACCAGUGCCAAACUGGUGAGUACUGCAACUAAAGUUAAGGUGGAAGAAACAUAAAUUAAACGAUCAAUGAGCCAGUCAGUCAACCAAUCAAUGAGGCUAUCAGGUUGGGGACACCUGUGACUUGAACACAUCUUGUGCCAUGGUCCUUCAUGAGAUUCCAUUGGUCUUCAAGGAUCAUACAAUGGUUGUAAUGUGUUCAGUAUAAUAGCUUUUUGUGGGACAACUAACCUUGAUACAACCAAGCUUAGGAAACCAAAGUGAGAAGUUACAAAAUAGCCCUAAAUUAGUACUCCAGAGAUGUCUGCAGAAGUGUGCGCCCAUUUGGUGGAGGUUGAUUGAAAUGGUUGGCAUACCUUGAUACAUAGCUCCUUUGAGGGAUGCAUUUUCCAUGAAACUUUAGGACGCUAGGGUUGUUGAUUAAGUGUGUGCUUGAGUACCAUACAUUUAAACUGAUUUAACAGUAGCACCAAAGAAUCUGAAUUUUUAGAAUGUAUGGUAGAUUUGAUUUCCAGACAAUUUUUUACUUGUUCAUCCAAAAUUGAUCACAGGCAAAAUGUAUUUCUUUCUUUGAUUUUAUAUUUUCCUUUUACGUUCAUGACCAAAAGAUUCUUUUUGUCUCUAUGGUUUUUUUUUUUUUUUUUCAGAAAUUGAUCUUUGUGCCAGUCAUCCAUGUGAAAACAAUGGAACAUGUAAAAACUUCCGUACAUAUUACACAUGCUCCUGUCCUCCUGGAUUUCAAGGUGUCAACUGUGAGACAGGUAAAGAAAUUAAAUGAGCUGACAACAAAUAUUGAGACAAAUCUUUUGUAACCAGUGUGAUUGUAUAUGAUCUUGAAGUUAAAUUUUAUAAAUGUUGUGAACAGAAAAUGUGCAAUGCUUAUUGUUACAAGGUUGAUUUUGAUUCAGAGAGCUCUGAGGUUCUUUGGAUUGAGAAAUAUUGAUCCUAGAUGAAAUUUGCUUGAUAAUAGAAAAAGGAAGUGAUUGUGAACUUAUAUGCAAUGGAAAAGGCUGUCAAAUAUAGUUUUCAGUAACUAUGUUAGUUAACCCUUUCACUCUCAUGAUUGACCAAGAUAGAAUUUCUCCUUUCAAUAUCAAUACAAUAUAAACCAGAUAAGUGAUGAGAAUUAAAAAAAAUAUCAAUUUGAGGAUAAUUAGUUGAUCCAAUACAAAAUUCUCUGAACUAGCAUUAUAAGAAUUGUAUGGUUGACAGUAAGGAGAGUUACAAAUUUGAUCUGGGAGUUGAAGGGUUAAACACUCCUGGUUGGCCUUUUUUUUUUGCAGAUAUUGAUGAAUGUAAGCAAGACAAGUGCAGAAAUGGAGCUACAUGCAAAGUAAUUUUAAUUAUUUAUUACUGAUACAAUAAUUAAUACAUCGCAAUUGUAUUGUGAAAUAAUUCUUAUUUUGACACUGUAAGGUUAACACUUUAUACCCAACAUCAGUAUGCUAAAUCUCCAUACUGUUCUCUAUACGUUUUCUGAGGUGCUGACAGGGAGAAUUUGUUUAAGAAUCAAGAGCCUUUUUAGUUAGUGAUCAUUUCCUCUGUUCUCAUGACCUUCAUGUUUGAUCCACGGGUGAUAUUGUAAGGAGAAAUUAGGGGGUCAAAGGAUCAAAGUAGCUAAUUUGUAACGAGCUUUCCCCUAUUGUCAAAUAAGUGUGAUUUUCAAAUCCUUAUUACCCGAGUUUUUGGGAAAAAUUGGACAUCCUCAGAACAUCACUUCAUAUGAUUUGGUAGAAUUGUAUCUUAUUGUUGAAAAGCACAGGUGAAACUGCUAUAAUUUUUUUUUCCUGAAAUUCAUUUUAAUUCCAACAUCAAUUUUAAAUCCUUAUUUCUCCAUUCCAUAUCCUCUCCAUCUUAAGAAGUGUACUUUAUUUAUAUUACUCUGAUCACCAAUUUCUCUCGCCAAAGGAUAUGGUUAAUUCUUAUGAGUGUUCCUGUGCACCUGGUUAUACUGGUGACGACUGUGAACAUAACAUUGAUGACUGCCAAGGAUCUCCAUGUCAAAACAAUGGAACUUGCAUUGAUCAGAUCAAUGCUUACAGAUGUGUCUGUCGUCAAGGUUUUAAUGGUAGCAAUUGUGAGACAAACAUUGAUGACUGUACACCCGCUGCCUGUAGCAAUGGAGGUAGGGUGUGGUGAACUACCUUUUAUUUGACCAAUAAGUAAUUUCUCCUUACAGUAUGAGUAAAUUUUCAAAGAGACAGGUUAUGAGAAUUAAGAAGUUGAGAAGUAUAAACAUCCUAAGAGUUAAAACUGAUCUCUUGUGAUCCAAGAUAGGAAAAUUUUAUGGACAGUGAUAAUUCUGUGGUCCUAGAAGCUGAAAGAGUAAGGUUUCAAAUUGUUACUUUCACUCUUUUAGUAUAGUAAAAAUAUCAUAAGGGAGCUCUUAACUAAAUAUCAUAAGGGAGCUCUUAACUAUUCGUGUCUGUACUGUUAACUACAGCUCCUGUGCCACUGGACACUGAGACCCUUGAUCUGUGACUUGCAACCUUAAACUCCUACUAGUGACUUGAGACUUGUAAACCUCCAUUUGUGACCCAUGACCUGUGCUCUCAUCCCACAUCGUUUUGAUGGUGUCGCAAAAUAGGUUUUAAUGUUACUCACUUAUGGUAUUUGUUCUACAUCUUUGAAUUAAAAUAUAGUUUUGUUAUGACCUGUGACCCAUCAUCCAAAACCCACAACCCCCAACUGCAACCCAGGACCUGUGACCAGUGCCUAUCUCCCUUCUCCCCCCCCCUUCUUACCUGUAACCCAUGACCUGCUUGCGACCCAUGGCCCAACUUAUGUCGGACUAACGGCCACCUAAACAUAAAGAUGCAAAGUAUGCAAAAUAACAAGACUCUCUGGAGGUGAAAUAUCUUGCUAAUCUUGUAUUUGACUUUUCAUCUAUGGUAUUAUCUUUUCUUUGAAAGGAACUUGUCAUGAUGAGGUAAAUAACUUCCGCUGUAGUUGUUCAGAAGGAUACCUUGGAAGGACCUGUAGUAAUGCCACAGAUGAGUGUUCUACUAUGCCAUGCCAAAAUGGAGCAACUUGUACUGAUUUGCAUCGUGACUACAAUGUAAGAGCUGUUUUGUUCCUUUUUGAGGUGGCAAGUGAAAUGGAUGGAAUGAUGCAUGGUUUUAUGUUACCCUGAUGUUUCAUUUUGAGUUUAAUUCAAGAGAAAAAUUACCUUGUUGACUUUCUAAACAUUUUCCAAAAGUUCCUACAAGAAUUGACUUGGAAGUGUUGACUUAAUUAGCAAAAUCAAAAAUGGUGAAUAUGAAUGUGAUCUUUGCAGUGACUAAAAUGUUACUGAAACAUUUCAAUUGUUUUCAUUGUGAGACUUUCAUCAAUCAGUUGGAAGCAAAUUUUGAACAAUUUUUUGGGUGAUCAAGGAAUGUUAUAGAAUUUAGCCCAGUCAUGUAUUAGCUUUUGGUGCUCCUGUUGGGUCUUUUGCUUGUUAGCAUCAUUCUACAAUGUGGAAUCAUUUGCUCACUAGAGUAGAUUCUUCAUUUUUAAACUCCUCCUUCAAAACAUGUGUCUUAUGCUGGAAGGACUUGACAGUUCCAGUUCAAGUGCCCCCUUUGCUGCCUAGGCAGGGUUCAAGUUGCCCACCCCUGGGCACAGACAAUGGUCAAAUGCCUGCGGCUUAACUGGGGGGAUGUUGAAGCUUCAAAUUAAUUGGCAGAUUAGUUAGAUGAUUUUCUUGUUUGUAGUCUGCAUUUGCAAACACUCUUUUGAUAAUGUUUUGGAUACUGUCUGGAGUGGAUUCAUAGUUCUAAAUGACUCCUUUGCUUAGUACAAAAUGUUUGUCAUUUCAAAUCUUGCAGUGCUCAUGUCCUGCUGGUUUUAUGGGCAAAGAUUGUGAAACCAACAUCAAUGACUGCAUUUCACCAUCGCUGUGUGACCAUGGAGUCUGUCAAGAUGGCAUCAACAACUUCACCUGUGACUGUCAUGAAGGAUAUACAGGACGGCAUUGUAAGAUCAACAUAGAUGAUUGUCAGGGUAGGUGUUCUUUUCCCUUCUUUUCUUAAACCCUUUAACUCACAGAAGUGAUUAGCAUGUAACUUCUCCCUACAACAUUCAUACUUUAUUCAGCAGACAGGUGAUGAGAAACCUUAAACUUAUCAGGUAGCAGUUUUAAUCUUGAUCAAACACCAAAUUCUUGUAACUAACUUACAAAGAAACAUGUCACAGGCAGAGGGGAGAAUUUACAAAACAAUCUUUGGAGUUAAAGGGUUAAAAGGAGGUGGUGUGGCUGAGCAUGCUGGACUUGUAAUCUGGUCUGUUGCCCUUAAUUCAACUCCUAGGCUGCACUAUGCAAAUAGCCAAUUGAUCUGCCUCCUGCGAGUCGGAGUUUUCAAGCACUUUAUCUUUAUUUAAAAUGUUUCUUUCUUUCUUUUUUUUCAUGCUGUAAAGUGCUUAGAUUCUCACAAUAAGAGCCAGUAUUAAUAUAAAUUAUAAAAUAGUGUAUUUAUUAUUAAUAUUUAACAACUUACAGUUAUUUUACCACAGAUUGUAAUAUUGUCAAUAUCAGGGGCCCCUUUCUUGAAAAUCUGGUUUGUUACUGAGGUUCCAAAAUGCUGUUUCUUUUUUUUUGUUUGCUGUGUUAACAUUUCUAGAAGAUUAUUAGAAAUAUUCAUAAUCUGACUGUUAAUAUGACUAGUCCAUUGAUUUCACAUUGAGAGGCUUUUUUAUGUGGUUAGGAAUACAUUUUCUUUUCUAUCAAUUUUGGUGUGCCUUUUCCAGGUAAUAUGUGUGUGAAUGGGGCCACAUGCGAGGAUGGAAUAGCGCAGUACUCAUGCAAGUGUGCCCAGGGCUUUGAGGGAGUUUAUUGCCAAAACAACACUGAUGAUUGUGUAUCAGCUGUUUGUCUGAAUAAUGCAACCUGUGUGGAUCAGAUUGCAAAUUACACCUGCAACUGUAGUCUGGGCUUUACAGGUGAGAAGAGAAGAUGCCAUGGAGUAGACAUGAAGUCAAGUUUAUUUAACUCUUUAAACCCUAAGAGUGACAGGUGUCUGUGUCUUUGUUAUAUGAAUCAAAACAGUAGAUUCCAUGUUGCUGUGCAUCUUUUUGGUACUAGAUUGCCGAAGAAGUCAAAGGUGAUGAGACGAUCACAAACUCACUUGGCUGUGUCUCAUGUGCCACUUUUUGUUUUCACCUUAUUUUGACGUCAUUUGUAAUCUUUUACUGAACAGAUACAUACCAACAUAGAAUCUUGGAAUCUUUUUUUCUAAGUGGAUAGUUAAUUGACAGUGCUGCCAUGCAAAAAGACAAAUUAAAAAAUCAGGGUUGAUGGAGCAUAGUUAUACUAUUACCAUUUGUCAUUGAUGGUUAAAAGAAAAUUGUUUAACUAGGAGGAAUGUGUUUUGACAGAACUUGACAAUGGUUUUAGGUUGAUGAAUCCAAAGUGUUUUUGUCUUUUUGAGAAAAGCCUGCCGAGAUAAAAGGAGAUGUUAGGUAUCUCAAUUAAAUCUCAAAUAUUUUCAGCAAUAAUUUGGAUGCCUCAUUUGAAUUAUUUCCAAGAAUGUUCUUAUCAUGCAAUAUCAUUUGUCACUUGUAGGUCGUCAUUGUGAGUCCCCAAUAGACUACUGUGCAGAGAGGGGUUGUAACAAUAGUGGGACCUGUAUCAAUGAGCGUGCUGAUCGACGCUGUCUCUGUCCCCCUGGGUACAAUGGUUCUAGUUGUGAAAUUGACCCUUGUAUGAUGAGACCCUGUAACAAUGGCACUUGUACUUUGAGAAGUGAUGGUGGCUACAAAUGCAACUGUCAUGAAAUCUUCACAGGGCCACACUGUGAAAUUGGUAAAUACAGACAUUGCUUUUAUUAUUUACUUGAAAUUUGCAGUGGUCAGUGGUUAUUUAUUAAAUGCCAGAUUGAAAGGUGUCAGAGCACAUCUUGAGUUCUUGGUGUAAAGUGUAGAAUUUUCAGAAAGCUAGAUGUCUCCCUUCUUGUGUCCACUGAAUCUAUCAAUUAUGAUUAAGUGGGAUUAUCAUAGGAUCUCUAUAUAGAAGUAUAAUAUUAUUAUUCCAAAGUUAAUUAUGUGUAGAGAAAUUUUAGAAAUUGCAAAAGGUUUGGACGGAAAAAAGUAGAAUGAAUCUGACUUUAACCAAGUACAUGACUGUGCUCUAAUCACCCAUUUCAGAUUCUGUGUGGGAGGUUAAACUGAUAUAAUUACUAAUUCUUAUCUUUCUCUAGACAUUGACUACUGUGAUCCUAGAAAUGACAUAUUUUCCCAAGAGGGUCAGGGAUCAUGGACAGAGUUUGGUUACUGUGGACAGUAUGGAACAUGUGUUGAUGGCGUCACGUCAUAUUCAUGUCAAUGUGACAGGGGCUGGACUGGAAAAAAGUGUGAUGUUGGUAUGAAACUGUCAUUGAAUUAAGCAAUCAAAGAUGCAAGCUUGUGAAAAUUUUGAAAUCAUGCCCCCAACUUCCUCCUUAAAGUAAUAAUUUAAUUGACAUCUUCCUUCUCAUCUAUCCAAAUUCAACUGAAGAUCAUUCAGGUGGACACUGAUAAUGGAAAAGUGAACAAUUUCACAAAAAUACUUCCAUUGUUGAAAAGAAAACCAGUUGUUUUCUCUUUAGUAAUCAACAUUACAGUGACUUGAUUUUCCCUCUGUUAUAGAAUAUUUUCCAAAUAUACUUCUGUUAAAGGGAUAUGUGAAACUGUAAAAGAGACCAGGCUAUCGUUUAUGUAUCAUAUGAGGGAGACUAUUCAACAAUCUGGGAAACUUGGCAUUUACAGUCUUCAAGACCUCACAGUUAACAGUGUAUUCAUGCUUACUAAAAAAUCUAGGCCAUGUAGCGGUAAUGAUUCCCAUCUUUCACUUCCUUUAGAGAGAGCUGUACUAAAUUAAUUGUUGAUUUGAACUUAUUGAUUUUAUUUCUUUUUUUGUUGAUUUGUUUUUAUUUUGUAGAUAUAAAUGAGUGUGCCCCAAAUCCAUGUCAGAAUGGGGGGCAAUGCGUGGAGCAAUUUAAUGCAACUUAUGUAUGUGGGUGUGCUGCAGGCUAUGCUGGAGUGAAUUGUACAGAAAGUAUGUUGCUUUUGUUUUAAUUUGAAAAAUUUAUGUCUUUAGCAGCUGAUAUACAUCUAUCAGAGAAUUAUAUGUACCAAAAGUUGAUAUAUUGUCCAAGAAAUUAACAGAUGGCUAAGAAGCAAUGCUUGGAAGGUAACAGAGAAAUUUUGAGGACAUUUUUCCAUGUCUUACAACCCUUUGUUGACUUUGUAGUGUCUUGCAUUGCUUCACAAGAGUAACACGGAAUAACAUUUUACAUUGGGCAGUAUUUCAUGUUGCACUGUUUGCUUUAAAAUAUUCUUGAGGGAAUAUUAGCUACCUCCUAUUCAUGAAUUUUGGUUGAAGGCUGGUAACUGAGGUUAACUGUCACUUCAAAGGCCUUCUGGCUGCACCUUGUGAAGAUGAUAAUUUUAUAGGAAUUUUAUGGCAAAUCUACCUUUUUUUACCAUCAGCCUCUUCCUUAACCCUCUAACUCCCAUUAGUGACCAAGACAGAAUUUCUCCUUACAAUAUCAAUACAAUAUCAACCACAUAAGUUAUGAGAAUGAAGAAAAAUAUCAAUUUGGGGAUAAUUAGUUGAUGCCAUACUAAAUUCUCUGAACUAACACCAUAAAAAUUGUAUGGUUGAUAGUAAGGAGAAGUACAAAUUUGAUCUGGAAGUUAAAGGGUUAAAAUUUAAUACCCCUCAGAGAUGCCUAAAAUGGUACUAACGUGUCAAAUGUCAAUUGUCUAGAUGUUAGUUGGUUUUUCUAUAGAUACUUUGAAAAAUUAAGGGUUACUUCAAUUUUUACCUUGUUAGAUAUUGAUGACUGUAGAAAUAAUUCGUGCAAGCAUGGCUCCACUUGUGUGGACGGACUUCAUGGGUAUGAUUGCAUCUGCCCACCUGGACUGAAAGGAAUUCACUGCCAGUCAAGUAAGUAUUGAAUUAAGAUUGUCCAGUUGUUCCUCAAGGAUCUAAGUUGAAUCAACCUUUCAACACAACACAGUUAACUAAUGGGUUGAAAAUGAGACAGUUCAUGAAAAUUUUGACGUGGAAGAUGCAUAUAGUGUCCCAGUGGUCAGUGUGCUGGACUGUGGGUCAAGAUGUGUGGGUUUGAGAACUGGGCAGGUCGUUGUGUUGUGUUUAUGGGCAAAACACAUAAUCUUUUCUAAUUUCUCCUUACACUAAUGCAGCUGAAUCUUUCAUUAAGAUCAUGAGAAUAAAGGAAAUGAUCUCCAACUAAAGAAGCUUUGAUUGCAAAACAAAUUCUCCUUGUCAGUACUAAAUGAAAUGUAUAGCGAAGAGAAUGGAGACUAUGGAUACUGAGGUUAAGGUUUAAAGGGUUAACUAUCACCGUGCAUCUCUCUCCUCCCAGAAGUGUGAGUGGGUACCAAUGAAUUGUGGGGGAAGCCUGAUGAAUUGUUGGAGGAUAACCUUGAGUAGUGAUAGUUCUAGUGGCUUCAAGCUUCAUCUGGCUGGACUGGGCCACUUGACUUGAGUACAGACUUUACCUCCAUGAAAUUAUAAAUGAUAGAAAUUCCCUCCAACCAAUAGUGGAAACCAAGGUCAUCAUACAUGUGAGACAUUCAAAACAACCUCCUUAAGUAUGACAGAAGAGGCUUUUGAUAUAUUUUCUAAGUGCAUAAUGCAACUAACUCGCUUUUACCCCAAAACCAGAUGCAAAUGAAAUUACAAGAUUUUUUUUUUCUUAAACAGUGAAGACAGUGAGACAAACAUUUUUGCAAACAUUAUCCUUGGGAAACAACACAAAAAAACUUCCCAAAUAUGAUUCUUUAAUUGAAAGAAAGCAACGUGCUGAAAAUGAGAUAGGUUGUGCUAAAUUAGCACUUUCAACAAUAAGGUUAAACCCAAAGGUCAAUGUACUGUGCACCCUUAAAUUUUAGGAUAUCAUUCUUUGUUUCUGGAGAUGGCUUUUUUUUGUAAUCUUGUGUUGUCUGUUUUAGACUCAUCUUGGUGUCAAGAUCCCAGUCCAUGUCUUAAUGGUAACUGUACAGAUGUAGGAGAUAAUUUUACCUGCAGCUGUGAAGAUGGUUUUGAAGGAGAUAGGUGUGAAAUUGGUGAGCAUCACAAGAUGAAACAAAAAUUUAAUUUACUUUCAUGGUUUAAUUUGUUUCUGUCUACAAUUGGAAAUUUGUUAGAGAGUAGAAAAACAUGCAGAUGUGAUGUAUUUUAAACUCUUAUUAGUGAUAUCUUCACCUUUUUGUUGAUGAAAUAUUUUGAUCUGUUUUUUUUUUUUCACCAUUAGAUAUCAAUGAGUGUGUAAACUCAUCUCAACUUUGUGUUCAAAAUUCUGUUUGUCUGGACCUGCCAGGUGGCUUUAAGUGUCAAUGUAACGAUGAUUACACUGGGGAACGCUGUAGCACAAGUAUGAACUGCUAACUUUUAAACCUCUUUUACAAAUCUGUGAAUGAAGGCUAGCUUUUCUCAGCAAAGAGUUCUAAAAUGCAAAGUCAGUUCAGUGGACCCAAAAGCCCAGUCCUACAUAAUUAUUUUUUUAGUUAUAUGACUUGCACCCACUUUAAUCUAAAGGCAGUGAUUGCAUUGAUUUUUGUGUCAGUGUCAUUCAACCCAAUUUCUUUCUUUAUCUAGGAAUCAAUGAUUGUGAGCCAGACUCAUGGUAAGUAAAGUGUAGCAACAUUUGGAUGAGUGGAGCCCAAUUCUGUCUGGUUUAAUACAAGUGAUUAACAAAAUCAGAUGGCUGCAAAGGGAGAGUCCAAUUUGUUAAUUACAAGUAUGAUUACAUUCAGAAUUGGAUAAGAUGAAGCCCUGUUACCAAUCAAUGAAACCAUGGAAACAUUUGAGAAACAAACUAGUCACUAGUUAUACAUUUUGGUUAAAAAAUAACUGUUAAAUUGACAAAAUGCACAGUUGACAACAGUGCACACAUGUGAUGCACACUGUCCAGUUAUAGGGGCAUGAUCCAUACACUGUCCAAUUACAAUUAGAACACUUGCACUGUCUUAUUGGUGCUCAAAACAGGCUGGUGAUAACCAAUCACAUUUGAGAAUUUUGUUACAGUUACCAAAUAGUGUUACCAGUUAGUGGUCUCUGUCUUAAAGUUGUUUCUGCAUUCAUGAUCAAGUCACAGAGCUGUUAAAACUUUAUAUCCUUGUGUAUUUAAUAUAAAGGGACCAGAGGUCUUGCCAAUUUUUCUGGAUGGGGUGUCCGUCUAGGGAUUCCUGAACUUCCUGCCAGAAUAGACAGUCAAACAAACACAAGUGACUAUUUUCUGUUUUGCAGUAUGCAUGGUGGUACAUGUGUAGAUGGUGUGCGAUCUUUCACCUGUAAGUGCAUCAAGGGCUUUUAUGGGGACAGAUGUGAACAGGGCCAAGGUCAGUUGAUUUUAGUUUCAUUACUGCUGAUAAUGUUCAUCAGGCCAAAAUUGAACAACAAUUUGUCACAAAGUAUGCUCAAUUAAUUUUAAAGGAUUUUCACUAGACCUUGAUGAUGACCUCUGCUGAGAUUAUUUUACAAUAACAGACAGUCACCAGGUUUGGUUUUUUCUUUUUUUGGGAUUAAGACCCUCACCAUGAUGAUCACAAUACAUAAUGAACUGUUACUGUCCACUUCAUGCCUUCUAUUUCAACAGAGCUAGUAAUUUUGUGCCAUUAAACUCAAUUGCGUGCAUGUGCUUCAUAAUUAUUUCCAUUAAGCAUGUAGAUGAUGUAAAUAGAUGUCUUGAAGCUGCAGAGUGAAUUUCUCAAGGGACAUUGUUUCAACUUCUGGGUUAAAAAUGCUAUGAAACAAUUAUUUUGCUCAUGGGUCAGCUGUGUGGUCAUUGAGAUGUUUAACUCUUGGGAUGAUGAAGAGCACUCUAGAAGCAUCAGAGCGAACAGCAAAGGGCUAAUGCUCAAAAUGUCAGCUUUGAAACUUUUUACAGUGGUCAGUUUGCAUUAUCAACACAGUUGAUAAUACUUAGUUAACCUGUUAUGACUAUGGUUAAGUGAAAAGGUACAUGACCACACAUAAAUCAUGAGAAAUUUAAUGAUUUUUGUUCAGAUAUCAAUGAGUGUGAGGCAGCAGACUCUCCUUGUCCAGCAGGACAUAAUUGCAUCAACAAUUUGGGAAGCUAUGCUUGUUAUUGUCCAAGGGGAUUUGAAGGCUCGGCCUGUGAAAUUAGUAAGUUAUUUCAUUUCAAUUAGAGGCCUGUUAAAUUUUUCCACCAGAUUUAUUCCAAAAAGAGCAUUGAGGGAAAGAAAAUGAGAGAAAUCAUACCCCUGAUAUAGAGCCACACUGCACAGAAAACAACACAAUACUUUCCCAUGAUGACUUUCUUCAGUUUUUGACAAAUUUUUUUUGACAAUUUUUUUUUACUUCGAGGAUGUUGUUGAAGAUUGUUGGUAUGUUGUUAAAAAGAGCUUUUGAGACUCUUAAGGGAGAAAAAAUGAAUGUUCCCCCUCAGACCAAAUAUAAGUUAUCAUAUACAGCACUUUAUUCCCAUUAAAGUAUCCAUAACCAAUCAAUACUUGUUGACAAAUUAUAACCAGUUGAAUCCAUUGUUUGGCAACAACAUCAGUAUCCAUAUCCUCCAUACUCCUCUCUAUAAAUUUCCUUUGGUAAUGAUAAGGAGAAUAUAUGUAACAAUCAAAGCUUCUUAUGUUGGGGAUCAUUUCUCUAUUCUCAUAACGGCAAGGAGAAAUUAGAUAUUAAGUGUCAUUCAUAGGGUUUAAAGGGCGAUAUGAAGAUAAAUAUUUGAAUACAUCUCAAGACAAGUAAUGAUAGCAGAUCUUGUGUUUUGAAUUCAUGUCUUAAACCCAUUUAACCCUAAAAGUAACUAGCAUCUAAUCUCUCACAGUAAUGCUGCUGGUUCAUUCAUUCAGAGCAUGAGAAUUAAAGGAAAUGAUCACCAACUUAGAAGCUUUGAUUGAUAGACAAAUUCUCCUUGUCAGUGUCAAAAGAAAUGUAUUGAGGAGAUAAUGAAGAAUAUGGAUACUGAUCUUGGGGUGGAAAGGGUUAAUAGACAUCAUUGAUCAUUGGAAGUUUGAGAACAUGUGUGCAUGAUGGAACAUUUUGAAAGUGUAGUUUAGUUCUUGUCCAGAAUGUUUUUAUUAUGUAGGAUUGGUAAUGAGAGGUAAAUUUGUAUAUUUAAAAGUUUUAUUUUCAAUCAAUCCUUCCAGACAGAAUUGUCUGAUGUUCUUUUUUUAAUUUAAUUUCAGAUACUGAUGAUUGUAAACCUUCAGUUUGUCAGCAUGGAGGAAAGUGUACUGACAAAGUGAAUGACUAUGUGUGUGAUUGUUGUCCAGGAUGGAGUGGCAAGAACUGCUCACAGUGUAAGCUUCAUUUUGUUUUUUAUCUUUUUUUUUUAGCAUCUUAGAUCACACUUCUACAACUUUCCAAUUUAAGAUCAAAGAAGCUAUUCACAUUCAGUGGGAGCAACCCACACUUAAUCUACAACUUCAUCAUGUUAAUUUAAAACUUUCCUUGUAAUUGCAUACAUUUUUUAAUUUCUAUUCUUUGUUUUGUCUAAUGAGCAUUUUGUUAUACACGUUAAAUUCAACUUUGUACUUUGUAUAAGUCAGAACUGAAGAUGACAGAAGAACUGCUGAAACAUGUAUUUUAAAAAUGUCAUAUAUUUUCUUAAGUUCUUUUUUCUUUUUUGAGAAUCUUUUCCUCUCAUCACUAUAACAGGAAUAUCUAGUGUAGAAUUAAGGCAAAAAAUGAUUAAAACUAACAGAGGUGUAACGCUUGUAAGAUCAAGUGCAUGUUGUCAAUUGUUUUUAGUAAUUUUUGUUUCAUUCUCCUGCCUUUGAUUAUGCAAUUUGCAAAACAAAGUCAUCAAAGUUUACUUUCUCCAUCAUUAUCAGAUCUUUUAAUAUGCAAGCAUUUGCAAGAAUUGCAAAGGUGGAUGCAGGAGGAUUUGUUCUCAAGACCCCUUUGUUGCUCCCUUUGUCAUUCAAUUUCAGCUUUUACACUUUGUUUUGACAAAGUUCUCAAUGACAAGACAGGAGAGAUACUCUACGAAGCAAACAAAAAUAAUCAAAAGACAUGGCUGGUUAUAGUUGAACUUGUUACUGAGUAAAAUUUGUUCUUUAUGGUUUUGAUUGCAAUGCUGUAAUCUCAAGUUUGUGAUAAAAAAAGUAUGUUUUUUGUAGUUAAUAGUGAAGACGAUGUCUGUGGUUGUGACCAGGGAUUAUGUGAAUGCAACAAGGAAACUCAGACCAGUCUUUGUGUCUGUUUUGAGGGAUUUGAAGGUAAUUUUAUUAUUCUAUUAUUUUCUGGCACUGAGCCACUUCAUUAGUUCUUUGUUCAGUGCCACAAUUUUUAGAGUCUAAGCCUAAGAGCAGUUCUAAAGGGUAUUUACUGUAGAGUUUGUUUGGUCAUUAUUUGUGUAAUGGACUGAGUAUUGGGUAAGGUGCUGACAACCCUUUUACUCCCAAGAUCAAAUAUGAAUUCACCACACGGUUUGUUAUACACUUUUUAUGAAUUUUAGCUCUGAGAAUUUGUUAUAAAAUCAAACAGUAUUCCCUAUUUGAUAUUUUCCUCUCUUCUCAUCACUUUAUAUAUGCCAAAAAUAUUAUUUUUGUUGCUAUUGUAAGGAGAAAUUGUUGUUUGAUUACUCUUGGGAGUGGAAGGACUAAAUUUCCAGAAAAUUUUUGAUAUCAACUAACUCAAGGAAAAUCCCUGGGGUUUGCAAAAGGGAGAGGAAAUUUGUUGGGGGUUGGGGUGCCAGGGAAAGCCAAAAUUCAAGAAUGUAUAGAGCUGGUAGUUACAGCAUUUUGGCCAUAUUGGAUGUUCAAAGCUAGGAAAUAAUUUGGGUCUGGAACAAUGGCAGCUCAGGUAAGGGGAACCAUGAAGCUUCCAUCAGCCAUAUUUCAAUAUUUCUCUUAGUUACAUUAAAUACCUCUUACUAACUGAGCUUGAGGUCUGUACUGUAAGUUACAAACUGAGUUUUUACCAUUUCGGAUUUACGGCCCAAGCAUGAAGUGUGCAAACCACAAAUCCAAGCAGAAAAGACAAAGGUUGCAUGAUGUACAGUACAAACCAAGAAAACAAGAUAAGAUAUUAAUUAUAUCUCUGGGUUCAAAUAGAAGGGGGAUUUUUCAAUUCAAACAGACUUUUGAAUACGUGUGAAAUAUGUAGUGAAAUACAGCCUGCUAAACUGACCAAUUGUGGGGAAGGUAUUUACUAAGAGAUACUAAUAAUAACUGAACUUAUUGCACCAUCAUAUCUAAAUUUAAAACUAUCAUAGAAAAUUUAAUUUUAAACCUGUUUUCUUUACCUUUGGUGGUUUUUUUGUUUCUGCAAGGUGACAAAUGUGGGACAAACACCACAGAGAAAGAAAUACAGAGAUUAGCAGCUGAAGCAAAGAGAAGGGAAGAGGAAAGAUUAAGUAAGCAAAGAGGUGAGACAUGUAAAAUUAACUCAGUGGCUGUUAGGUGAGCCAAUGCAAAUAGAUGGUUUGGGAUAAUGAAUAAGAUUUUGCCAAUAUUAUUGCCACUAAUUGAAAUCAACAUCAAUAUUAUUGCAUUGUGAAGGUUGUCGUCAUUAUGAUGAGAAAACUUGAUCUAAAUCUGCCUGUACUGAAGUGCACAUUAUGCUUAAAUGUUGAAUAGUUGUAAUACCAUUUCCACCCUUAUUUCAUAAUUUUAAGAGGCAUGUGAAAAUAAUGUUAAAGCAUAUGGAAAAAGUCAUCCUAUUCUCACAGUAUUUUCACAUUGUUUUUUCAUUUUGAAGUCUAUUAUAUAUAUAAAACUUUGUCUCAAUCACUUAUGUGCUUUAGAAGCUUGGUAGAAAUUUUGACUGACCAGACCCUGAAUUUAAACUGUGGCCUCCUUCAGAGAACCUGAAAAAUGAGACAUAUUUAGUAUUAUCAUAUGACCUGUGUGGCCCCACAUAGACAAGCCCAUAGAAUACCAUUACGAAAGCUGAGGUGUGUAGGGCUGGAUGGGAUGACUUGAGCCAGUCAGGAAAAAGCUCUCCAGCCCUCAGCACUCACACACCCUUGUCACAAAAGUGUCUUGGAAAAAAAAAGAAAAGAGUAAAAAGUUUAGUUUUUCAAUGAAUUGAGUGUUUUUGUUGUUCUGACUUUAAAAAAAACAAACAAAAUUUUCUUACAGUAGAAUCUUUUUGGUGGUUGUCCUGUGAGUGCUUGUCUAUUGCAUACUAUCUAGGUUGAAACCAAGUUCUCAAAAGUUUCAACAUGUGGUCAUAUGAUAAAAUACUUAUUAACUGACUUUAGUUGGUUGCUGCACUCAGACCAUGCAUCAUGACCUUGAGCCAAAUAUUUUCCCGUCUAGCCCUCCCACUCGGUCAAUAAGUAUGUAUAACUCACCACCUAAUUAUGGGGCGAGGUCUUUUUGAGUCUGAAUGUUGCAAAUGCCUCCAGUUACAAUAUUAUUUUAGAUCCCCAAAUAAGCCACACUGCUGUACAAUUUUUCAAUGAAAAGUGGUUCAUCUGAUUGCAUUCAAAUGUUCAAAUAUGUCAGUUAACCUUUCUCAACUAUGUUGAGUGGAAGUCUCUAACAUGGGUACUUCCUUCCUAAUUGCUUAUACACUAGUUAUGGCUUGAAAAAUGGUAAGUAAUUUUGAUUUUCAACAUUUCUCUAUACUUAGCUUCCAGGAACAGAAAUAUUGGUAUUGCAGUGGCAUUCUCUGUCUUGGGUGUCGUGGCAGGAGCUGCAGCAAUGUGGUUCUACAUGAAAAGAAAGUCUGGGAAGCCUAAGGCUGAAAGUAUGUUAAGUGUAAUAAAGUUAGCUUGGAGAGAUACACAGUUGAAUCACGUUUGAUUGCCCAUGAUUUAUUUGUGUUGGAUGUGAGCCUAAAACAUUAGUUCUAGUCAGCCUAUCAAGUCACAACAUAUUGGUAAACUUCUUGAAAAAUAUUGGAAGCAAUUUUUUGUUGUUGGUGUAGUUCUUGUUGGAUAUGCAGUGGCUGAAUGUUCAGUGCACUAGACUCUGGGUUGAGAGGUUAGGGUUCAAGACUUGGUUGGGUCAAUGUGUUGUGUUGUUGGGGAAGGUACUAAUAGGACAUUGUACAUGUCAUGCUUGUAAUUGGACAGUUAAAAAGACAGUUAACACGUCAUGCCUGUGUAAGUGGACAAAACGCAUUAUGUGCACACACUGUUGUCUUGCAUUUUGCAGAGUUCAUUGUGUUUUUUUUUUUUUUAUGAAAAUGUAUAACUGAUGUCAAUUUUUUUCUCUCAAAUGUUGUUAUAGUUUUGAUUAAUUGGUAACAGGACUUUGUGUCAUCCAAUUCUGUCUGUAGUCAUACUUGUGAUUAACAAAUCAGAUUCCCGCUUUGUAGUUGUCCAAUUUUGUUUAUCACUUGACUGUAUGAUUACAGACCGAAUUGGAUUCCACUCAGUCCUACUACCACUUUUUUUUGGGUUACUGGCAAAUUGUAAGGGAAGCCUGAUGAAAUACUUGGGGGGGGGGGAACCUUGCCAUGAACUAGCAUCCCAUCCAGGGGUUGGGGGGAGGGGGGGGUAAGAAUACUCCUGGUCAUCUUAUACUACAGAAACUGGGAUAAGCUUGGGAUGAGUGGACCAGUAGGCCUGAGCACCAACUAUACCUCUACCUAGUUGUUUUAGUAUGUAUUUUCUGUUGUUAUUUUACUUUCUUCAUCAGGAGCAUUGAUGAUGAAGGCAGUCUUAAUGAUAUUGAUUGAGAUGACAGUCACAGUUGAUGAAAAUGAUUUCUAAUGAUUUUGACAUCUGUUGAUGAUGGCUAAAAUGAUAAUGAUUAGGUUAACCCUUAACUCUCAGAAGUGAUUAACAUGAAACUUCUCUCUAUAAUAUCUUCACAUUAUCCAGCAAACAGGUGAUAAGAAUACUCAAACUUAUCAGGUAGAAGUUGUUAUCUUGAUCUAUCACCAAAUUCUUGUAACUAAUUUACAGUGAAAUAUGUAGCAGCUAGAGGGGAGAAUUAUCAUCAAGAUCUUGGGAGUUAAAGGGUUAAAACAUAACUAACCAAUAAUAUUUCUCAAUUUUUUGUAGGGUUUGGAUUUGAUAAUGUGGAGGAUGUGAACUAUGCUGGUGGAGAAAUGAUGUACACUAAUCCAGCCUACAGCACAGCUGGAGAUUAGGGCCCUGAUGCAUUCGAAAAAAUAAAACUCUGAGAAAUGAUAAGAUCUAAUUUUGAGCACUGGUGUGCCCCUCAAUUAUUUUUUUUUUUAUGCAUUUAACUCAUUGACGAAGAAGUAAGAAGACUGUUAUUUGCAUAGUCUUUUAUUUUUAUGAAAGCCUGACAAAAAGGUUAUAUUUUGCUUUUACCCAUUUGCUCUGGAUAAUUAACUUAAACAAGUUUUGUUAGCAGAAUUUUUAUGUCAGUGCAAACUUGUAUAAUGGAGCCCUCCUAAGUUUAAUUAAUGGGAACAUUUUUUAACUUGUCAUGCAGUGUUACUGAAAGUUUAAAACUGUUUUUCAUUCACUGUUAAUGUUAUCAACACCUUGCACAAGAGACAUGUUGUGCAACAAUUUUCAUUGUGUAACUUCCCCAUAUUCUGGGUGAUUUUAUUUGUUGAAGCCUAGAAAGUGCUGUUGAACCCUGCUCAUUCAAACUCCCAAGAG